CUGGACAUCGUGGUCAAUCGUACCCUGCCCUGUCACAUGUGGAGCAGAUGCCAUGACAAACCAGAGCAGACGUAGGGAUUGUAACGCCCCUGCUCCGGAAGCCGGUGGCAAGAACUGCACGGGUCCACUGACGGAAACCAGUCAGACACACUGCAAUGUUCCUCCAUGUAGUGGCGACGACGAUGUUGGCGAGUGGAGCCAAUGGAGUGCUGCAGCAUGCACAGCCACCUGUGGUCCAGACCAGGAGGGAAGCAUGGAAAGAAGCAGAAGUUGUGUUAUGCCGGGCAAUAGUAUCAGCUGUACAGCCGCACUAACAGAAACCCAAAUGGGAAACUGCGGCCUCCCUAAAUGCCCAGUUGAUGGCGGGCUGUCAAACUGGACAUCGUGGUCAGUCGUACCCUGUCCUGUCACAUGUGGAGUAGAUGCCAUGACAAACCAGAGCAGACGUAGGGAUUGUAACGCCCCUGCUCCGGAAGCCGGUGGCAAGAACUGCGCGGGUCCACUGAUUGAAACCAGCCAGACACACUGCAAUGUCCCUCCAUGUAGUGUAGGCGACGACAAUGUGACCGAGUGGAGCCAAUGGAGUGCUGCAGCAUGCACAGCCACCUGUGGUCCAGGCGAAGAGGGAAGCGUGAAAAGAAGCAGAAGUUGUAUUAUGCUGGCCAAUAAUAUCAGCUGUAAAGCCGCACUAAUAGAGACCCAAAUGGGAAACUGCGGCCUCCCUAAAUGUCCUGUUGAUGGAGGGCUGUCAAACUGGACAUCGUGGUCAAUCGUACCCUGCCCUGUCACAUGUGGAGUAGAUGUCAUGACAAAUCAGAGCAGACGUAGGGAUUGUAACAACCCUGCUCCGGAGGCCGGUGGCAAGAACUGCACAGGUCCACUGAUGGAAACCAGUCAGACACACUGCAAUGUCUCUCGAUGUAGUGGCGACGACAAUGUGACCGAGUGGAGCCAAUGGAGUGCUGCAGCAUGCACAACCACCUGUGGUCCAGGCCAAGAGGGAAGCAUUGAAAGAAGCAGAAGUUGUGUUAUGCCGGCCAAUAGUAUCAGCUGUAUAGCCACAUUAACAGAAACCCAAAUGGAAAACUGCGGCCUUCCUAAAUGCCCGGUUGAUGGAGGGUUGUCAAACUGGACAUCGUGGUCAAUCGUACCCUGCCAUGUCACGUGUGGAGUAGAUGCCAUGAGAAAUCAGAGCAGACGUAGGGAUUGUAACAACCCCGCUCCGGAAGCCGGUGGCAAGAACUGCACAGGUCCGCUGAUGGAAACCAGUCAGACACACUGCAACGUCCCUCCAUGUAGUGAUGACGACGAUGUUGGCGAGUGGAGCCAAUGGAGUGCUGCAUCAUGCACAGCCACCUGUGGUCCAGGCCAAGAGGGAAGCAUUGAAAGAAGCAGAAGUUGUGUUAUGCCGGCCAAUAGUAUCAGCUGUAUAGCCACAUUAACAGAAACCCAAAUGGAAAACUGCGGCCUUCCUAAAUGCCCAGUUGAUGGAGGGUUGUCAAACUGGACAUCGUGGUCAAUCGUACCCUGCCCUGUCACAUGUGGAGUAGAUGUCAUGACAAAUCAGAGCAGACGUAGGGAUUGUAACAACCCUGCUCCGGAGGCCGGUGGCAAGAACUGCACAGGUCCACUGAUGGAAACCAGUCAGACACACUGCAAUGUCUCUCGAUGUAGUGGCGACGACAAUGUGACCGAGUGGAGCCAAUGGAGUGCUGCAGCAUGCACAACCACCUGUGGUCCAGGCCAAGAGGGAAGCAUUGAAAGAAGCAGAAGUUGUGUUAUGCCGGCCAAUAGUAUCAGCUGUAUAGCCACAUUAACAGAAACCCAAAUGGAAAACUGCGGCCUUCCUAAAUGCCCAGUUGAUGGAGGGUUGUCAAACUGGACAUCGUGGUCAAUCGUACCCUGCCAUGUCACGUGUGGAGUAGAUGCCAUGAGAAAUCAGAGCAGACGUAGGGAUUGUAACAACCCCGCUCCGGAAGCUGGUGGCAAGAACUGCACAGGUCCGCUGAUGGAAACCAGUCAGACACACUGCAACGUCCCUCCAUGUAGUGAUGACGACGAUGUUGGCGAGUGGAGCCAAUGGAGUGCUGCAUCAUGCACAGCCACCUGUGGUCCAGGCCAAGAGGGAAGCAUUGAAAGAAGCAGAAGUUGUGUUACGCCAGCCAAUAGUAUCAGCUGUAUAGCCACAUUAACAGAAACCCAAAUGGAAAACUGCGGCCUUCCUAAAUGCCCAGUUGAUGGAGGGCUGUCAAACUGGACAUCGUGGUCAAUCGUACCCUGCCCUGUUACAUGUGGAGUAGAUGUCAUGACAAAUCAGAGCAGACGUAGGGAUUGUAACAACCCUCCUCCGGAGGCCGGUGGCAAGAACUGCACAGGUCCACUGAUGGAAACCAGUCAGACACACUGCAAUGUCUCUCGAUGUAGUGGCGACGACAAUGUGACCGAGUGGAGCCAAUGGAGUGCUGCAGCAUGCACAACCACCUGUGGUCCAGGCCAAGAGGGAAGCAUUGAAAGAAGCAGAAGUUGUGUUAUGCCGGCCAAUAGUAUCAGCUGUAUAGCCACAUUAACAGAAACCCAAAUGGAAAACUGCGGCCUUCCUAAAUGCCCAGUUGAUGGAGGGCUGUCAAACUGGACAUCGUGGUCAAUCGUACCCUGCCCUGUUACAUGUGGAGUAGAUGUCAUGACAAAUCAGAGCAGACGUAGGGAUUGUAACAACCCUCCUCCGGAGGCCGGUGGCAAGAACUGCACAGGUCCACUGAUGGAAACCAGUCAGACACACUGCAAUGUCUCUCGAUGUAGUGGCGACGACAAUGUGACCGAGUGGAGCCAAUGGAGUGCUGCAGCAUGCACAACCACCUGUGGUCCAGGCCAAGAGGGAAGCAUUGAAAGAAGCAGAAGUUGUGUUAUGCCGGCCAAUAGUAUCAGCUGUAUAGCCACAUUAACAGAAACCCAAAUGGAAAACUGCGGCCUUCCUAAAUGCCCAGUUGAUGGAGGGCUGUCAAACUGGACAUCGUGGUCAAUCGUACCCUGCCCUGUUACAUGUGGAGUAGAUGUCAUGACAAAUCAGAGAAGACGUAGGGAUUGUAACAACCCUGCUCCGGAGGCCGGUGGCAAGAACUGCACAGGUCCACUGAUGGAAACCAGUCAGACACACUGCAAUGUCUCUCGAUGUAGUGGCGACGACAAUGUGACCGAGUGGAGCCAAUGGAGUGCUGCAGCAUGCACAGCCACCUGUGGUCCAGGCCAAGAGGGAAGCAUUGAAAGAAGCAGAAGUUGUGUUACGCCAGCCAAUAGUAUCAGCUGUAUAGCCACAUUAACAGAAACCCAAAUGGAAAACUGCGGCCUUCCUAAAUGCCGAAUUGAUGGAGGGCUGUCAAACUGGACAUCGUGGUCAAUCGUACCCUGCCCUGUUACAUGUGGAGUAGAUGUCAUGACAAAUCAGAGCAGACGUAGGGAUUGUAACAACCCUGCUCCGGAGGCCGGUGGCAAGAACUGCACAGGUCCACUGAUGGAAACCAGUCAGACACACUGCAAUGUCUCUCGAUGUAGUGGCGACGACAAUGUGACCGAGUGGAGCCAAUGGAGUGCUGCAGCAUGCACAACCACCUGUGGUCCAGGCCAAGAGGGAAGCAUUGAAAGAAGCAGAAGUUGUGUUAUGCCGGCCAAUAGUAUCAGCUGUAUAGCCACAUUAACAGAAACCCAAAUGGAAAACUGCGGCCUUCCUAAAUGCCCAGUUGAUGGAGGGCUGUCAAACUGGACAUCGUGGUCAAUCGUACCCUGCCCUGUUACAUGUGGAGUAGAUGUCAUGACAAAUCAGAGCAGACGUAGGGAUUGUAACAACCCUCCUCCGGAGGCCGGUGGCAAGAACUGCACAGGUCCACUGAUGGAAACCAGUCAGACACACUGCAAUGUCUCUCGAUGUAGUGGCGACGACAAUGUGACCGAGUGGAGCCAAUGGAGUGCUGCAGCAUGCACAACCACCUGUGGUCCAGGCCAAGAGGGAAGCAUUGAAAGAAGCAGAAGUUGUGUUAUGCCGGCCAAUAGUAUCAGCUGUAUAGCCACAUUAACAGAAACCCAAAUGGAAAACUGCGGCCUUCCUAAAUGCCCAGUUGAUGGAGGGCUGUCAAACUGGACAUCGUGGUCAAUCGUACCCUGCCCUGUUACAUGUGGAGUAGAUGUCAUGACAAAUCAGAGAAGACGUAGGGAUUGUAACAACCCUGCUCCGGAGGCCGGUGGCAAGAACUGCACAGGUCCACUGAUGGAAACCAGUCAGACACACUGCAAUGUUUCUCGAUGUAGUGGCGACGACAAUGUGACCGAGUGGAGCCAAUGGAGUGCUGCAGCAUGCACAGCCACCUGUGGUCCAGGCCAAGAGGGAAGCAUUGAAAGAAGCAGAAGUUGUGUUACGCCAGCCAAUAGUAUCAGCUGUAUAGCCACAUUAACAGAAACCCAAAUGGAAAACUGCGGCCUUCCUAAAUGCCGAAUUGAUGGAGGGCUGUCAAACUGGACAUCGUGGUCAAUCGUACCCUGCCCUGUUACAUGUGGAGUAGAUGUCAUGACAAAUCAGAGCAGACGUAGGGAUUGUAACAACCCUGCUCCGGAGGCCGGUGGCAAGAACUGCACAGGUCCACUGAUGGAAACCAGUCAGACACACUGCAAUGUCUCUCGAUGUAGUGUUGAUGGAGGGCUGUCAAACUGGACAUCGUGGUCAAUCGUACCCUGCCCUGUUACAUGUGGAGUAGAUGUCAUGACAAAUCAGAGAAGACGUAGGGAUUGUAACAACCCUGCUCCGGAGGCCGGUGGCAAGAACUGCACAGGUCCACUGAUGGAAACCAGUCAGACACACUGCAAUGUCUCUCGAUGUAGUGGCGACGACAAUGUGACCGAGUGGAGCCAAUGGAGUGCUGCAGCAUGCACAGCCACCUGUGGUCCAGGCCAAGAGGGAAGCAUUGAAAGAAGCAGAAGUUGUGUUACGCCAGCCAAUAGUAUCAGCUGUAUAGCCACAUUAACAGAAACCCAAAUGGAAAACUGCGGCCUUCCUAAAUGCCCAGUUGAUGGAGGGCUGUCAAACUGGACAUCGUGGUCAAUCGUACCCUGCCCUGUUACAUGUGGAGUAGAUGUCAUGACAAAUCAGAGCAGACGUAGGGAUUGUAACAACCCUGCUCCGGAGGCCGGUGGCAAGAACUGCACAGGUCCACUGAUGGAAACCAGUCAGACACACUGCAAUGUCUCUCGAUGUAGUGAUGACGACGAUGUUGGCGAGUGGAGCCAGUGGAGUGCUGCAGCAUGCACAGCCACCUGUGGUCCAGGCCAAGAGGGAAGCAUGGAAAGAAGCAGAAGUUGUGUUACGCCGGCCAAUAAUAUCAGCUGUAUAGCCGCACUAACAGAAAUCCAAAUGGGACACUGCGGCCUCCCUACAUGUCCAGGUAAGUGUCUGUCCAUCUUAAACCGUACUUGUCACCUGGAAGCUACCGUUUUGGCUGGACAUUCUUAGUUUUUCGUAAACACUUGUUGUCAUCAUCGAUGUUCAGUGAUCUGUUCAUAUAUUUUUCACCACUAUUUGAAACCGUUUAAGCUCAAUAGGAUCUGUUACGGUAGAUGUUCUGAAGGGGUCAUUCUCCGGUUUUGACAUUUCAUGUUUGCAUCCAUGUAUACAAAUUACAGAAGAAAAAGAGUGUCUGUUAACCUUUGAUUUAUGGUAACAGUUUACUCUCUGGGUGAUAAACAAAGUUCUGAUGUUGUGUUCUGAUAUAUUGUGUUUACUGUAGAACCAGAAGCGAGUACCUCCUUGCCUAUAUAAGAUAGUACGAUGUACUACUCCAACAGUGUAAAUAUCCGUGUGAGAGAUGAAAGUUUUGAAUGUGAAGACUGAUGCUUACUGCAUGUUUCGUUUCUUACCAAUUUAACAAAAUAUAGAAUAAUAGAUCUCACCUACAUCUGUAGGUCUUAUCCUAUCUAGCUUUCCUAACUUUCCUUCAAUGACAUGUGAUGUUAUUAUUACUGCAUCGCUGUUGACACUAUGCUUGAUAUUUUUGCAUUUACCAAAUCAACCAUUUAAAAACAUUGAACAUUGAAAUAUAUUUGCUACAUCCUUAGAUUUGUUUACAAAACUUCUGUAUGUUGUUAUUAUUGAUGCAUCUGAUAAGAAUAAUUGUUUUCCUGUGUCAGGUAUGAGCAUAAUUUAUCUUCGCAAUAUUUACUUUGCUAUGAGUUUUAAUUGUGCUAUGUAUGAAUUUACACAGUUUAUCCUAUGGUAAUUUUGUAAAGUUUUAUGGAUGGAAGUACACACUCUUUGCUAUGCUAUAUCUUCAUUUAUUCUAUGUAUUAGUACUAGUAUUCACACUCUUUGCCAGGAAAUAAUGUUCAUACACUGCAUGUAUGUACACAAUCUUUGCUUUGCUAUAAUUUGAAUUGUUCAAUGCAUGAAUGUAUACAAUAUAUGCUAUGCUACAUCAUGAAUUAUUCAUUACAUUAAUAAACGCAAUCUUAUCACUGGUAUAUUUUGAAUUAUUUCAGGCAUGAAUGUUGACAAUCUUUGCUAUUUCGUAUUGUGAAUGAUUAUCUGUAUAAACAAUAUACAAAAACGUGUGCUGUGCGAUAUAUUGCAUUGGUGAAUGAAUAAAUGAACAUAAUCUUUGCUAUGCCUUAUUUUGAAUUGUUCUAUACAUGUAUGAUUAUCAAUUAAACAAAUAUUUAAAAACGUUUGCUAUGCGAUAUAUUGUAUUGUUUAAUGAAUGAAUGUACAUAAUCUCUGCUAUGUUAAAUUUGAAAUUCUUCUUCACAUGAAUGAACACAAUCGUAAGCUACACCUACACUUCAAGUCGAAGACACAACGCAAUGGACCUGUCAACAUCAACGAUUCAACCGUAGAGAUGUCCAACCGGAAGUGCCGGUCGAUAGCCAUGUGACCAAUGUUACCUUAGAUGUUCAUGGUUCUGUAACUACACUCCUUAUCAUAUCCACGAUCCAGUCCUGAAGCAACAUGAUGAUUGAUCAGCGCUAAGAAAGAAAAUAUAA